GAUCUGCUGGUCUUGUAAUUGAUGUUAUUACAGCAUAACAAUACCACCAAUUUUAAGGAGGAGGGGAAACAAUGCAUAUUUCUUUGAGGGUGAAGUUCUCCUUCACCCUAGGUUCACAUCUGUGCGGGUGGUGCUGCUGCGGAUCCGCACGAAAAUCCGUGCAGCCGCACCACCCGCACAGAGAAUUGCGGACCCGUGGGCGGGUGCCAUUAAUUCUAAUGGCAUGCUGCCCGCACUAGAAAACGCAACUGUACUGUGAACUGAGGUUCCCAUGCGGGCUGCGUUUUCCAAAGAAGUGCAGGGACUUCAAAUGAAUGGGCUCUUGUGCCUGUGCAAAAUGAGGCCCGCACGCCCGCAUAUCAAGAGCCCGCAUAUAUACGUGCGGCUGGCGCCAAGGAGU